GGGUUGUUAGCCAUAUCAAGUUAGUUCAACACCAGCCCACCUAUCCAUGGCCAUGGGUAUGGGUUCCAACAACAAGCGCAGCAGAGCGGGCGUUGUUGUGUCGUGUGUAGUCCUGGGCAUAGCCCUGCUCGUCAUCGAUGUGGCGGGCAAGGAAGGUCGGGCGAGAGCCGAGCAAUUGGCUGAAGAGCAUGGGGAUGCAACCUACUGCUCCGCGUUGUGCCGCAAGCGGUCGGACUCCGGACCGUGCUACAAUGAGUGCUUGUACGGGUGGGUGACAAGACAAGAAGAAGCAAGAGGAGGUGGUGCAGUUGGAGGGCCAGCUGGUCUCCUGGAGAUGCCGACAGAGCGCGUCGGGCGCGAGGGAGAAGAGAAGGGGAAGCAGGCGGAUGCCGUCAUCCCUCUGAGCGACCCAGUCUGGUGCUACAACGCCUGCCGUGAACAUCCGGAAUUGGACUACAACCAAUGCGUCAAUGAUUGCUACGCUGAGAAUAUGCCGGACGCCGGAUGGGAAUCAACACAACAGGAAGUCGAAGAAGCAAGAGGAGGAGUUGUUGAUGGGCUGACGGCGGUGGGGAAACCACACUGCGACUGGUUCCGCGACUGUAGUGUAACGCCGUGCGUCUGGCGCUGUGGGAAGAGGGCGCAAGAGGAGGUAGGUAUACACAAGUGCGACUGGUUCCGCGACUGUAGUGUAACGCCAUGCGUCUGGCGCUGUGGCAAGAGGGCGCAAGAGGAGGACGAUGAAGAAACAAGAAGAGGGGCGCUCAUCAAUGUCCUGGCAGCUCCGAGGCAUGAGGUUGCUGUUGGAGCAUGUUCGUCGACUGUGUACGUGGAAUCAUGCUAUGCCUGCUGCCAAAGGGAGGUUACUAGAAAUCCAGAAUUCGACUGGUAUGCUUGCAUUCGCAGUUGCCACGACUAAGAUGCUCUCCCAAUCAAGAAGGAGCGAGAGAACAAGAAGGACGGCGUAGUCCCGCAGGCAAAGUAGUCGUUUGUAGUGAGCUUGUACUAGCUCGUUUUCUUUCCAAACAAAUAAUGUGCCGUGCAGUGAAUCCGUCACAGUCCAUCUGUUUGCUUUAGUUCUGUUUUCUUUUCCAGACCAAGAAGUUGCUUCUGCCUCCUCCACACGGACUGCAUCCAGUGCUCUAGCAAGAGUUUUGUUAUUUAGGUGGUCGGUUUUGUUGUUGGCUACUCUACAUUGUUAAUUAUUACUUAUUUCAGUUUU